UAACUCCUUAACUUUGAACCGUUCGCUUGCUCUAAAUAAACUCCUGUUAAGCAUCAGUCUCUUGAUAAUCAAAUCCGAGCCGAUUUUUACGGGGACAGAAGUGGCCUUGAAGGACUUUACCAUUCACUCGCAUUCCAACCGCAGCUCAGGUGUUGUGAUCAAGGUCUGGGAAGAAGGAGAAGUGGAAGGACGUGGGGCUUAGUACUUAGUGAAAUAUGUCUGACACACAACCAGAGACUAAGAGAGUCGGGCGUUGGUUUUUUGGAGGGUUUGCCAGCGCAGGGGCAGCAUGCUGCACUCAUCCCUUGGAUCUCCUCAAGGUCCAUCUUCAGACCCAACAGAAAUCAGACAUGGGCUUUGUAAAAAUGGGCGUUAAGGUUGUGAAAAAUGAUGGAAUUUUAGGUUUAUACAAUGGCCUAUCUGCUUCCCUAGUUAGACAGCUGACAUAUUCCCUGACAAGAUUUGCUAUUUAUGAAACUGCUAAAAAGAAGCUGACAGAGGAUGGAAGGCAAAUGCCAUUUUAUGAAAAAGUUCUUGUAGCAGCGGUGGCAGGUUCUACAGGAGGUGUUGUAGGUACACCUGGAGAUAUGGUGAAUGUCAGAAUGCAAAAUGACAUGAAACUUCCACCGGAACAGAGACGAGGCUACAAACAUGCCUUAGAUGGAUUAUGGAGAGUAUACAGUGAAGAAGGUGGAAGACGAUUAUUUUCUGGUGCUACUAUGGCUAGCUCAAGAGCUGUCUUUGUCACUGUUGGUCAGCUUUCAUUCUAUGACCAAAUUAAGCAAAUGGUUAUGUCUACAGGGAAAUUUGAAGAUAACAUGCGAACACAUUUUCUCUGUAGUUUUAUUGCUGGUACUAUAGCAACAUUAUUGACCCAGCCAUUGGAUGUGAUGAAAACAAGAUUUAUGAAUGCUGCCCCAGGGCAAUAUAAGAAUAUUUUAGCUUGUUUCAAAGAUAUUGCAGCUGUUGGUCCAUUAGGAUUUUUCAAGGGUUUUGUGCCUGCCUGGGUGAGACUUGGACCACACACAAUUUUCACGUUCAUCUUUUUUGAACAGUUGCGGUUGCGUUUUGGCUAUGAUGAAGUCAUCAAGAAGUAACUGGUUAAUGAAGAUUGCAUGAAGAGUGAUAAUUUUAUGGUGAACAAAAGGUUUUUAU